AUCGCCGUCGUAUCUGCCUCCAGCCGCUACUUCUCCGUCUCUUCUACCACCUCCGCCGCCCGGCUCUCCACCACCCACCGAGAAUCCAUCAAUUCGCACUGGGAAUCGCUUCCCUCUUACAAAGUCUUUCCUGCUCAAGGAAUUCGAUCCUAACCGUUCUGUUUCUCUUCUCUCAUCCUUCGCUAAAUCCUCUUUGAUUACCUCCAUCGGCUACGCCUUCGACCUCAUCGCCCUCUGCUCGCUCUAUACAACUGAUUCUCCGAUAUUGAAUGCCUCAUCAAAUACCGCAAGUCAGCGGCCUCCGUUUCGGAGCCUUAAUAUCCUGUCGCUUAUUAUUUCCUAUGGUGCCGCCGGAAUCUUCCAGCAAGCUCUUAUAUCGAGCGGAGUACCUGGAUGUGGUAUUCAAUGAGAAGCUGAUCAGGGAGAUGCAGACCGCAGGGAUUGAGCCUGAUUUUCUGGCUGAUUUGUUUCAGAAUGAGGAUAUCUGCAUGCGGCUGGCUGUGUUCAAUGAUAACUGGAGGUUGAACAAAGUGUCAAAUUUUGAGACGGCGAAGCAAUCUGAAUACAGCUGAAUUUGAAGUAACGUGCCAUCGCUUUUGAAGCUCAAUAAGUCUAAGGUACAAUGCUAUACGACCAUGUUGCUAUAUUUGACUAAGGAUUUAGCCACCUCAAUGAGCACUAUUUUAUUUUGUAAUCGCUGCUGAAGUAUCAGUUUGUUACAUUUCUAUGUAUUAUUUAAACCCAAUAGUUACGCGUCGCACAGCAAUGCUAGUUUAUUGAUUGUUUGCUAGAUUUGAUAAGGCGUUAUUUUUCUUUAGGAUGUCUUAACAUGUUAAUGUAGUUUAUCAAUGGAUAUGAUGCGUCCUUUGCUUUAAUUUAAGGUCAAUAAUUUGGAGGAGUGCUUUGAAUGUCUUGGUCCUUUUGAGAUAGCAGUAAAAAUAUA